ACCUGCAGUGGAACAAGCAGAUAUAAAUAUCACCUGGUUCAGCCAACAGCACUGGACACUUUAAUUCGAAACAAGGUCCGCAGUAGGAAGUCUAUAACCAUUGUUUAUCUUUUUACAAUGAGACCUAACUGGCCUGAAUGAAAAGUUCUACUUGACCUAGUAAAAAUACAAGAGGCGAGCUUUAUGUUGUAAGAUUCUAUCUGUAAGAAUUACGAUGUUAUCAGAAUACCUUGUUUAUAUUCAAAGAACAAGGUCAAACACUUCAUCCAAUUUAAAUACAUGGAAAACCAAACACAUAAAGUUGCAAGUCUGCCAUCUGUUUGAAAAGAGUUGUACACGUUCAAAGUAGUACGCUUAUCUUGCUAAACAGUAAUGUAGGUGCAACGGGGGCACUGAGCUCUGUUGUGCUUUGGAUAUUUCCAUGGGAACCAGCGGCCAAGGAGAGAGGGAGGAUCCAGUUCGAGCUGCACAGGAGGCGUGUGUUAGAUUUAUUGGUUUCCUGCUUCAUUUAAACUGCCUGCAUCUCUCAAACAGCCACAGAUUUGCUGAACCUCCAUCUGCUGUCACAACUUCUACAUCUCACAGCACCUUAGCUGGAGCUAUCAGUCUACCCUGCCUGGGACAGCUCCGUGGAUUAUCCAUAUCUUCAGAAUACAAGAUUUUACAGAUACCUACCCAUGUGGGUGGUGGAAAAAAUCCGUGUGUCAGUGGAGAGAUCUAACCUGCCUAUCCCAUCAGCAGAGCUCAGCUUUAAAAUCGGCGACAUCAUGUUAGGGGAAAAAGCUGACAAACUCAAAAGGAUUUCCCUCUGUCCUAAUAUCAUCACACCCAACAACAUCCCAGAGUUCUGCAUCCCCCCAACAAUCCUAUCCCUGCAGGAGAUGAAGAAUACGGAGCAGAGCCGAACGUCUCGCAUUGUCAAAGUGUCUCCCUGUGGCCGGUCCAGCCCUGAAACAGAGGUGACAUUUCAUGAGCCACUCAAUCCACAUAUUAUUCAGGUGGAAAGUGUGGAUGAAAGCCCCUAUGAUGGCUGCAGUGAUGAGGAAACCACCAAUGCAGAUCCCCAGAGCCAGGCCGCUUUAUCUCUCCCACACCUGGCCAAAGCUCAGACCAGUUAUGGCUUUUGUACCUUACUAGAGAGCCCCCACACCCGGAGGAAGGAGUCCAUUUUCCAUUCUGAUCCCGGCUCCUCUCCCCUGCUGCUGCCCAGGAGUCGAUCCAGCAUGUGCUCCAAAGUUUCCCCCUCCACCUCGCCCUCCUCCUCUCCUUCUUCAUUCAGCCUUAACAGCCUGACCUCCAGGCUUUCCCCGAGAGGCUACACCCUGAACUGGCAGGCCACUCUGGACAGCGAUACAACUUCCUCUACUGAAUCCUCUCCUUUCAGCUCACCGCUGCUAACCAGGUGCCCUGCCAAGGCUUCCCUCUUCAAAGCACUGAGCCAUGAACUGCUAUUGUCAAGGAACAUGAGGAAGGCAAUGGUGUCCAGGAACAAUUCCCUGUCCACAGAUGAAGGCAGCUCCACAGACAACAGCCCCAAUGUCAUGAGGAGGGCAUCAGAAGGGUUAGCUGAAGGCCUGCCCAGCAGCUACAGCCUCGCGCCGCCCAACAUCUUCCCCAUGGACUUGACUCUGCACAAAGAGAGGGUAAUGAAGGAGAGAAUGGUGCCCAUAGGAAAAGAUGGCAGUCUGAGACUCUCAGCAGAGUACUGUCCAGAUAACCAAAGACUGAGGAUUCGACUUAUCAGUGCGGAGGGCCUCUAUCCUCUUUCUGUAGACCCCAAGAUUAUCAACUGCAGCAUCAGCCUCUCUCUGGUUCCUGGAAAAGUCCAGAAGCAACGCAGCACAGUCAUCAGAAAGAGCCGUAAUCCAAUCUUCAAUGAGGAUUUCUUCUUUGAUGGUAUCUCCGAGGAUGACCUCAGCCAGCGGUCCCUUCGCUUUAAAGUGGUGAACAAAAUGUCCACCCUGAAAAGAGACUAUCUGCUCGGUGAUUGUGAUCUGCCUCUUUCAAGCAUUGUAACACUAUGAACUUAAUUACUUCUUGAACUGUUUAUUUAUGUAUUGAAUUAUUUAUUUUCAUUUUUUAUUGUAAAACAAGAUUUUAUAUAAAAAUAUGGAAAUUA